CCAAAUAGUUUUAACGUAUCUGCGUAUUUAGUCCCAACGCAUUAUGGAGAUAAAUACAAAGUGUGACAAUUCUUUGUAACAGAGACGCCCGCCAUACUUGUGUAUUUUAAAGCAGUCUCCUAAUCUGUAAUAUUCCCCAGACUGAAAACUGCAGUGCGCCCUCCAGCGUAUGUCUUCCGAGAAGCACAAUUUAACAGUUAAGUCUAGAUGUAACGUAUCAGAUUACAUAAACACACCUUGUGUUCAGAUUUUUUUAAAAAAACAUGUAUGGGUCCUCUAUGGGUAGAGGCAGAUAAGCUGCGUACCUGCCGUUUCUACACUUUAACAUUUACGAAAUACACACACUAAACUGAAAUGUAAUAACACAAAGUCUUGCCUUCAGUUAAUAUUUUAGAAAACCUACUUUGCAAACAGAAGAAAAACAAGCUAGCAGAGGAUGGUUUCGAUGUAUCGACCUCUGGGUUAUGGGUCCAGCACGCUUCCGCUGCGCCACUCUGCUACAGCUGCCUCAUGACUGAAUUACCAAGCAGAAAAAAAACCGGAACUCAUCGUUUUAACCAGACACGGCAGCGGCAGGGGCGAACCAUGGAAACGUUACAAAUCAGAGAUACGGUAUGCAAAAACGGAGAAAGAAGUUCACGGUUGGGGCUGCCUUGGAUUUAAUGAUGCCGUGUUGUCUUAGAUUUGGAAUAACAUUGCUGUUAGCAGUGUUAAUCACUGAAGUUUGGACGCAGAACCCCCCUCUAGGCUCGGUGAGGACAGAAUGUCAAGGGAGUGUUAUGAUGAUGAUGUUGGAGAAGUCUUUUGUUGGAAAGUAUUUUCGCAUCAAUGUGAUUGACAAUAAGGGGGUGCUUGUGUCCCUCUCUCCAAGACUGGCUGUACAGUGUGGAUAUAGCUUAACCGUUGACUUCUUGGGGAAAUGCCAAGUUCCUUGCUUCUGUGCUGAGCUGCUUUGCUCAGAACACAAAUGAUUAGACCUACAAGCUGACAGUACAAAUCAGUGUCUUCUCAAGCAGUGCUAUGACUUCAGCUUCCUCCUAUGUUCAGAGCAUGACAUGCCGCUAUUCUCCAUGGGCAGAGAGGGAGAUUCUGUGUGAAAGAAACUACAUGGAGGUUUCUGUGAGAAGAGGUGUGCCACUUAUUGAGCCGAACUUUGUUCAAGAUGAUCCUGAUUGGUCCCUUGCGUACCCAGAGGCAACUGCUGCUGACAACAGCAUCUGGAAAAUUGUGUUCCAUCUCCCAGCAAAUAGAAAGACAACCAUGACUGUUGCUCAGGCCAUGACAAAUGGCUAUGGCAUAAACACAACACCAACUCGAAUUCUGGUUAGAGCUGCAUACAACUCCACAGAAAGCCAGCCUCAGGUGAUCCAAACUGUACCAAUGGCUGUGCUAAGAUCAACCACCUUUUAUAAGCAAAGAUGGAUGGUCAUGAUGGUGGACACUGCAGUUACAUGUCCUACUGAUGGAACAGCCUUUACAGAACAGAUGAUUACAUGGAAUGUUCCCCGUGUUCUACCUCCUCUUGUUCCGACACCACAAAUUACUACCCUUGAUGUUCAAAUGGGAGUUGAUGGCCGCAAGCUUGACCCUGCAACGAUUCAUAAUAGAGAUUAUAAACUGGAUGUCGGUCCCCAGCUAAUCACUGUAAAAAUUCCUGUGGGAGCUAAUGGUGGAUAUUACAAGAGCCAUGUAUUGGACAACGCCUAUGUGAUCUCUUACUCUAUUGAACCAAUGCUGGAGCAUACCUGGCAAGAUGGGCCUGAGAAGACCAAGUACACAGUACUUCAUCCAAUAACCACUCCUUUCAUGCCUCGGCCACCAGUUGUCACAAACAACACUGUUCCUAAAGCCAGAGUGUUCAAUGUGACCCUGGGGACAUUCCUGCCUGAUGUGGAGCUGGUCAAAAUUAUAGUUGGACUAGAGACGUUAACUGUGCCAGAAGCCAACCUAAAAGGUUAUAAUGUCCAGGAGCAUGUCUUUCCCAAUGGAUCCAAGACCUACACUCUCCAGGUGCCAUUUGAGGACCCCAAUGUGAAGCAAAAGGUAACUCCUCCAGACACCAGAACCUACAUUCUGCCCCUGACCUACUUGCUGAAUAUAGUGCCAGAGAAUACACCCUUUACUCAUCCUGCUGUAGUCGAAGCCAUUCUCAAAGACAUCAUUCCACCUACAGUAACUGGCUACUGUGAUGGUGCUGCAUUCUAUACCAUGGUAACAUAUGGCAACAUGGGUCGCAACUGGAUUCCUUUUGUGGGCUCAAGAGAGCUUGGUGGAAGUCUGCUUGCCCUGUACAAGUAUAAUGCCAACUCUACCAAUUUCUGGAUGACUGUCCCAUACAAUUCAGUUGAUGCCACAUAUGAAGUGAUCAGUUCUUCAGGCAUCAGAAGUAGACUUGACUUGACCUUGAAGGAUAUUGGGACCAUGGUUGUGGUGGCUGACUUCUCCCUGUCCUGCCGUUUCCCUACAAAGAUGAUUGAUUGCUUCACCAAUGGAACUAUGGCAGCUCUUGCUGUGAAGUGGAAUCUGUCCCCAGCUUGUCUCCAAGUCAACUAACUCUAAGGGAUCCGAGUUGCCGACCUCUUCAGUCUGAUGCUAUCAAUGCCGUUUUCUACUUCAAUGUCAACUCCUGUGGCACAACUAGAAGGUUUGACAACAACCUCCUGACUUAUGAGAAUGAAGUGCUGUUCCCAUCUUACCGGU